CUGGCCAUCUGUUUUCUGCCUGUGGCACACUACGUGCAUCCAGAGCGCAGCAGAGAGGCUGCCUCUGCUCCUCAGCUGUUGGUGAGCAGAUACGGCGCUGCAGAUCGAGGAGUAAGGCUCUACAGCUCUCUGCCCAUGCGCCCAAACCCUGACGGCAAGAGACUGCCCUCUACUGGGAGCUACACGGGUCAGACGGGCGGUGGCGGAGGAGGAGGCGGAGGAGGUGGCAACUCCAGUGGAAAUGGAGCUGGGGACGAAGACUACGAGAUCCCCCCCAUCACUCCUCCCAACCAUCCCGAGCCCCCUCUCCUACACCUGAUGGAGCAUGACUCUACAGGCUACCUCUGUCACUCCCUGCCACACAACGGGCUCAUCAACCCGUACUCCUACCCGGAGCUGCCCACACUCAUGAUGUCCAACAUGCUGGCACAGGAUGGCCACCUCGUGUCAAGCCAAAUGCCCUCGAUGCAGGAGAUGGCUUUGCACCACCACCACCAACAACAACACCAUCACCACCACCCAGAUGGCGCUCAUUACGAUCACGCCCGUAACCACCCCAUGAUAAACAACUCACCUCCGAUACUGUCCAACCCCAUGAGCGCACUGUCCCAGCUAAACCCUCAGGUCAGCCGGAGCGCGCUGCCUCACGGCUCCCCCUCACCUCCAGGAAGUAAAUCAGCCACACCCUCCCCUUCAAGCUCCAAUCAGGAAGAGGAGACUGAUCCUCACUCCAAGAUUACGGGUGAGAAGCGACCAUCUUCGGACAUGAUGAAGCCCAAGCCCAAACCCCAAAAAAAGAAGAAGAAGAAGGACCCCAACGAGCCUACAAAGCCUGUGUCGGCCUAUGCUUUGUUCUUCAGAGAUACCCAGGCGGCCAUCAAAGGACAGAAUCCCAAUGCCACUUUUGGAGACGUUUCUAAAAUAGUUGCCUCCAUGUGGGACGGACUGGGAGAGGAACAGAAACAGAGCUACAAGAGGAAAACAGAGGCUGCAAAGAAGGAGUACCUGAAAGCCCUGGCCGCCUACAGAGCCAGUCUGGUUUCCAAGACAUAUAACGAUCCAGUGGAAACAAAAAGUGCCCAGACAAGCCAGGCUUCUCCACAUAUGAUGCCAGCCAACGCGCCCCUGUACAGCGUAUCACACCCCCCCCAGCCGUCAUCGCCAUACCUGGGGCCCGGGGCCUUCCCCCUCACUGACCUGCAGAGCUACGCCGGACACGCUCCCCGCCACGCCCUGUCACAGACGCUCAGCCAAUCACAGAUGCUGCCCAGCAUUAGUGCCUCUCCCCCGUCCUCCUUCCAGAUCAGCCCACCCCUUCACCCCCACCAGCAGCUGUCCCUGCACCAGAGCUCGCUUCUCAACCAGCCAAUCCGCAUGCAGCAGGUCCAGUCCCAGCCAAUUAUCUCUCACCAGAUGGGGCUUCAGCCCUCUCUUCACUCCCCACCUCCAGGACAGCAGGGUUUUUCCCACCUCCAGUCAGAGUACCAGAAGAGCAUCGGGGGUUCCCAGUCUCCCGGAGCCCCUGGACCUGGUCCAGGCCCAGGAGUGGGUCAGACCCAUGACUGGGACAAUGAAUACUGCAAUCGGGAGUGUGGCAACCACUGCAGUGGCAGCAUGAUAGGCAGGGAUAAGUCACUCUACCUCACCGGAAACUGAAGAUCAUACUCUGCUGACAAAUACGACACCAAGGAGUCUACUCUCUACCCCCCCCCACCCCCUUCCCGUUCCCCCCCACCUCCAAUUUCUCUUCUGAUGCACACACUUACAUCCAGCUCACAAUUAACAUACAGUUACACACAUACACGGACACACACACGCACAUCCAGCUUCCCUUACACCACCCCCCUUUUUUUGUCAGUGUAAUUUUUUAUUUCUCUCAGUUUCUUGAAUUUGUGACCAGAGUUUUUUGACUAGAUGACUACUGUCUGUACCACUUAUUGUAUUAGCAGUCCUCUCGCUGUUCAAAUUUGCCAAGCACUUAUAAAAACCCUCCCCUACGUCCUCCCUGUGCCUCCAACUUCCACGCCCAAAGUGGUGUGUCUGAGCCCUCUGUGAUGCAGGUCGGGCUGUGGAGCACUCCUCUUGUGUGUCACCAUCAAAGUCCCCCUCAGGGACCCCAUCCAGCUUUAAUUAGAAUGAGAGAAGAAAAGAAAAAAAAAACAUACGCUUCCUCCUCUUUAUUCACUUUGUUUUUCUUUAUUUUCCUCUUUUUUGUUGCUGCUGUCUUAUUUAUUUCUGGCUUGCAAAUUUGUUUCUCUUUUAUUUUUUUUAUUUUUUUUUGCAAAUAAGCGGUGGGUCCUGUACUGUAGAAGAAUAUUAACUUCUAGUAGGUUCAGCGCAGGCCUUCGUGUUAUGGUAGCUUUGCUUAAGGGCCUGAAAAUGAAUACAGAAAAAGCUUGGGUGGUGAAGAGAAAGAAAACAGAAAUAAUCUUUUUUUAAUAUUAAAGACCUGUUGAGGUCUACGGAGCUGUCACAGUGUGAUUGUAAAUAUCACUUUUAUUGGAUCAAAUUGGAAAUCAGAAGUCCAGAUUGAUUUGUUUCUUCUUUAAUAUUACAUGUAUCUUGUUACGUGUCUGUGUGUGUGUGCGUGUGUGUGUGUGUGUGUGUGUGUGCGCGUGUUUGAGUACGUCUGGACGUUAGAAUGUACCACAUUCAUGACGUGAGCAGCUGGGUAUGUAUGUGGGUGUGUGUGUACGUACACGGACACACUCUUGCGUGUGUCUCAGUGUUCGAGUCUUUCUCGUGAAUUUUAACAGCCUUGUGCAGCUGGAUUUCAGAGGAGUAUUUCACACUUUCAUUCUUGCAUUAAAUCUGUGCUCACUGGUGUGUUUUUUUCCAAUAAAGUUCAAUCUAAAACUGAAUACACAAUAUGUGUCCUGCAGAUCAUUAAAUGGAAAGAGCCAGGUGAGAGAUAGAGAGCAUAGAGACAGCAAAGAGACGCUGUGAGAUAAAAUGAGAUGUAAUGUCACAGGUAGAGAGAAAAAAAAAGAAGAAAUUGCCUCAAAAUGCCUGCCCCUCCCUUUUGUUUUGUUCUUAUUUUUUUCUUCAUUUGUCUGACCAUCAUGUCAACAUUGUCUCCUCAGCAUGCAGAAGUGAAGAACUGCAAAAUGUGAAUGGAGCCAUCACACCCACAUUACAGUGAUUUUUAUAAGUUUCCGCUUGGUGUUUGGUUGUGUUGAUCUCAUGUCUUUAACUUUUUGUGUGAUUAACAGAAAUGCAUUUUGCUAACAGAGACAUCUUGUUUUUAUCUCUUAUGUGUAGCAGAAUUUCAGUUUUUAGUUGCUGCAAGACAAUUACAUUUAAAGUUGUGUAAAAAUAACUGCCAAGUGUAGUAAUUUUAUUUGUAAAGCCAGUAAUGAUAAAUAUUUUAAAUGGUUAUACAUUGUUUCUGCUAGUUGCCCAUCAGCUGUUUGACAGGCUUUCUUAUUUAUGAAAGAGAUGAGAUCAUUUUUGCUUCUUACGAUGGAGGUGUAUUUUUAUUCUUAUUUGAAUAUUUCUUUGCUUUGGUUUGAUAAAAAAAAAAAAAGGUUGACAACCACAACACGAUUUUUUGUUAUUUUUUUAUAUUUUGGGUGCUGCCUCUUUCUUUCCUUUCCAACAGCAUCAGUUUGUGUCACAAUGCUUCUUUAAUUUCAAACCUGCAUAAUAAAGUAAAAAAGUUUAAAAGUGAA